AUGGUGCAGUACAUUCACACGCCGUGGCGGGACCAGGCAGCACUAUUGGAGGUACGCGGGCAAUUCUACCCUGCCACCCAAAGCACGACGGACGACAUCACAGACCAGCAAGCCGCCGCCGAAGAACAACAGCGACACGCCGUGUCGCGCGUGGCCGUGUGGGUGCAGCGCGGCAGCUGUCCCCACAUGGUGGAAUCUACAAGCCUGUUGAUGGCGGCUUUGCUGGACGAUUUUCAGGAGGCCAGGACUCGGUCUAGUUCUGCCUCAUCUGCCGUGCGCCUAGCGUACUCAGCUGCCUUUAGUCGCUUCGUGACUGGACUUCUGGACAGCCACCAGGAUAAGCAACAGAAGCAGAGCAUGUACUCUGUAGCCAAAACUAUCGGGUUGCCAGCUACGUUUGUCGAGCUCAGGCAUCAAUGCACACACGAGCAGCUGCCCUCGCUCUUAAAACUCAGGUCCGCAGCCCACAAGUCGCUGGCAUGGAUCUGGGACUACUACUGGAAGCACCUGUCCGAGGAUCGGACCAAGGACAUAAAAGCUGUCAAGGCGGAAAUCGCUCAAACGAGUAGCAAGCUCGAGUCUCUGGGCAGCAUAGCCAGCCAAGAUGACAAUACCGAAAAGAAGAUUCUCGAGCCUCUAGUUUCAGUGAGGGGCUGGUCGAGGUAUGUUGGGCAGUGGAAACCCAAACCUAUAGGAAUUGUGUAG